AUGGAGAAGCUUACAAAAAAAUACCAGCUUGCUGUUGUGGUUGAACCUACGUUUGAAACCUUCCAAUGGGAUAAGUUCCCUGAGGAACCCAAGCUUCUCCAUCACGUCAAAGUCACAACAGGUUUUUAUCAUCUCUCAGUUGGAAGUACUUGUGGUCCAAAUGAAUAUAGACCUUUUGGCCGAGAAUGUUGUCCAAUGUGCAAUAGAGGGUCAGUGGUGUACCGUGACUGCACUGGUGAUUUCAGUACCACAUGUAUACCCUGCAGUCCAGGAACAUUCAUGAGUGAGCCCAAUGGUCUUUAUCAGUGCUUCCCAUGCAGACAAUGUGCUGAAAGUCAAGGUCUUUACAUCCAGAGUAAAUGCACUGCAGUAAGAGACACCAUCUGUGAUGUACUUGAUGGAUAUCGCUGCGUUCGCUUCUCCAAUUCAGAGUGCCUUCAUGCUGAAAAACACAGAGUUUGCAAACCAGGACAAGAAACAAAAACACCAGGGACAAAGGCAUCAGAUACAGAAUGUGUGGACUGCGCUUCUGGGUUUUAUUCUCCAUCAGGGCUGAGCUGCACCAAAUGGACAGACUGUGCAGCCAGAAAUGAGAUUCAGGCAGAAGAUGGCAGUCCUGUAAAAGAUGUCACAUGUGAACAGAAGCCAAAGGAAAUAUAUGGUCUUGUAGAUUUAAUUGCCGCUUCCUUAGCAGAAUUCUACAGAAGUUUAUUCUUUGAAGUUCAGAAGGCCAAUAAUGAAGAAAAAAAGUGACGUUUAUCCAGGAGCCUCAGCACAGGGCACUUGACAGGUAGCAUCAUUUUGAGUAGCCACAUUCUGAAAUCCUGGCAACAGUUUGUGGAGACCACCAUGCCAUUAAUUAAUUUUAAUUUUAGAUUUAUUUUUUGAUAAAUAUAAACUGUAGUUAUUUUUGAAUGGAUCUAUAUGAAAGAAAUUCUGAUAAAAGGUCUAUACCACUGAUCUAUAUAUGUAUGACUGGAUUACUCAUAGAAUUCUAAACUACCAGCAUGCGGGAAGUGUUGAAGUGGUCAUAUUGCUAUUCCACACUGGCAUCAUUGACUGACAGCUUAAUUGUUUCUUUGGCUGUUGUCUGAAAUAUUUAUGGUCUUUUCAUGCAGCAUAAUCAAUAUAGUAUAGAAAUUGCUGAUGAGUGUCUACUGCACACUCCUGGAGCAUAUAUAUCGGAUCAUUAGCAGAAACUGAUGAGUGUACAAUAACUAUUACAAUACAAGCAUUUUACUAUAUCGUACUAAUAUUAAAAUAAUUCAGUGUUUACAAUGCAUCAUCUUGUUUGGAGCAACAGUAUAAAUGCUUGGAAAUAAAGCUUUGUUUCUUUAAGGCCAUAUGCAGUCAGCAUUAUUUCUAUGAAUAAGUUGUGAAGAGUAUAUUUUAUUUCAUUAUGUUUUUAUCCCUCUGUUAUUGGGCACACUGAAUUAUCAUGGCUGGCCGUGAAUAUCACAUUUCUACAGUGGCAUUAUUUAGAAACUAUUGCUUCUGUAUGAUGCUUCAUCCAGUCCAACAUAAAAAUAACACUCAAAUAGAUCACCCUAAAUAAAACCUCCUUAAAUUGUGUUUGCUUGCCUAAACACAUAUCCAAAUCAUUCCCCCAAUCUGGCCACUUGAAAUGCAAAAUGAGCGGAUGUUAAAUCAGUUGUGGAACAGA